UCAGUCUGUCUGUGUGUCCUGAGAACAUGCUGCAUCUGCUCCUCGCUGCUCUUCUGCUGGUUGGAUCCUGUAAAGAUGUCGACUCCAGUCCUCUACCUGAAGUUAAAAAAGAGAGUCAGAAGGGCUGGUUCAACAGGAUGUUGGAUUAUAUGGAGUCUAACCCUGAGACUUUAGAAGAGCUGAUGACCCACAGCUCUGCAGUGUUGGAGGGAGACAUGGUGCUGUCAAAUGACAGGAACGCAGUGGAGAGCACAUGGCCAACACCUGAGAUACCGUACGCCAUCAGCCCAGAGUUAGAAAGUCGGACAGACGACAUCCUCUCUGCCAUGGCGAUGGUGUCCAAACACACCUGUGUGUCCUUCCACAAGCGAACCUCUGAGACCAACUACCUGCUCUUCGUCAUCAGCAAAGGUUGUGCAUCAUACGUGGGCUUCAUCGGCGCUGAGCAGCCCGUGUUCGUUGGGCCCCUGUGCAAGGUGGGGAACAUCGUCCAUGAGAUUCUCCACGCUCUGGGCUUCCACCAUGAACACACGAGGGAAGACCGUGAACAGUACAUCACCGUUCUUCCCAGUAAUAUCAUGGACGGGAUGGAGAGAAACUUCAAAAAGCAGCAAGGCAAAACCUUCGAUCUUCGUUACGACAUAACUUCCAUCAUGCACUAUGGAAGUGGGUAUUUUUCUUUGAAUGGCCUCCCCACCAUCGUACCGAACACUGAUGUGAAGGGCAUGGGACAGAGAGACAAGAUGACAAAGAUGGACAUCGAGAGAGUUCGACUUCUCUACAGCUGUGACGCCCCAGAACAAAAGACAGAGGAGAAGCAAAGCAGCGAUGUCAGGAAGGAGAUUGCAAACAUGUAUGUGCCUAUGCACGAUGUGGCGUCUGCAUGAAGGACGAGGAACACAAGCUCACACGUCUGCUCCUGCCUCUCUGCCUCUCUGCAGCACCUCAACACUGCCACUAGAGGGCACAAUCACACCAGCACCCAGACUGAACUGUCUGACUUUAUUUAUUAAUAAAACCAAACUAUACACCUC